AUGGCCACCCCCAAUGUUCUUACCUUUGACGCUGAGGGGAGGGCCAUUGACUUUGCCGUCUGGAUUGAAGACCUGCAGCUGUACUUACUGUGUGAUGCGAUAGAUGAGGUCUCUCUCUUUGACUUUGUCUCUGGCGCUGUCCCUGCCCCACCUGCUGAUGCUGACUCUGCCGUUCGCUCCAAGUGGGCGACCCGCGAUGCUGCUGCUGCACGUCUUGCUGUGCGUCGCCACCUCCCUUCCUCUGAGCGUGCCCACUUUAGUCAGUGCAAGACCGCUCAGGCCUUGUACGACGCUGUAGUUGCACGCUACUCCUCCCCUUCCUCCGCUACCCUUAGCCGCCUCAUGCUACCGUUUCUCUUCCCUGACCUCGCUUCCUUUCCCACUGUCGCUGACCUCGUUACCCACCUCCGUGCUAGUGACACCCGCUACCCCGCGCUGCCCUUCCUGCUGAGUUCCGCGCUGCGAACCCUCCUCCCAUGUACAUCACUCUCUACUUUCUCGUCACCCGUCUCCCUGAGUCCCUUCGUGUCGUUAGGGACCACGGCUGAGAAGAGUAUUGUCGCUGUAGGGGCCUCUCGGGGUGACCCUCGCACCCCUAUCUUUGAGGGGUGUGGUCCUUCCCCCCUGCUGCCCUCUGUCGCCUCUGCCGCUGCGGCCGACCUCACUGGUUUUGAGUCGGUCGGCGCGGCGUCUGCCCCCAGCGGCAGACGCCGCGCUGGCAAGGGCAAGGGGGGCAAGGGAGCGGGUGGAGCUAGAGGGGGCGGUGGAGGAGGCGGUGGGGGUGGCGGGGGGAGUGGGGGUGGCGGGAGUGGAGGUACUGGUGGCGGCGGUGGAGGCGGAGGUGGCGGCGGAGGUGGUAGCGGAGGAGGCGGUGGGAGCGGUGGGAGCGACGGUCCUGGUGGGGGAGGUGGAGGUGGAGACGGGGGUGGCGGUGGAGGCGGGGGUGGCAGUGGAGGCGGGGGUCGGAGUGGCUCGUCCCAGCGGAGCAGCUCCGGGGGUGGUCAGCGCCAGCAGCAGCAGCAGCAGCAGCCGCAGCAGCAGCCACAGCAGCAGCAGCGCUCUCGCACCGUCCCGUAG